CGACGACGAGCUGAGAGGCGUGUUGUUGGUCAACACCAUCAACUUAAAGAUCGAGAGCCGGUUAUUUUUGAGCAAGUCAGUUUUUACCAUGCUCGAGGAGGAUUUAAACCGGUUACUUGCGGGAGAGGAUACGCUUAUGAAGUUGUACGUGGUGUACCUGGGAUAUUUCCAGUGAGGGCCGAGCGGCCAAUGGGAGACGGAAGGACUUUUGGCCGCGAAGGUGCCGGUGCCACACCUGGGUCCUCCCCUCCUUGGCUAUCUGGCUAAUCUCGAAUCAAGCAUCGCGGCCGGCGCACGACCCCCUCCCCCACAUUUCCCGGUGAUGUGGGGAGGAGCACCGUUGGUGCGCCGGCACCACCAACCCACCACACCUUUAUCGGGGGUGCUGAAGGUUGAGUGGUUGGUUGGUGGUAACAUCAAUGGUGAACACCUUCCUUUUUUAUGUGUAUAUAUCUCCGUUUCCCCGGAUUCGAGCCUGUCGCAACCCUGGAAUUUAUAAAAACCUACAAAAUCUUCUGCCCCUCUUUUUACCUUCAUGUGUAUAAAACCCACAGGCAUUUCUGGUUAUGCAAUUUUUUGUAAAAUUGUCAAGCCCUUCUAUGAGUAAUUUUGGAUCCAAGACCCCUAGCGGUAACGCCCGGAUCUUUAACUGCCUCAAAUGCAAUAAAGCAUUCACCAGAGACGAGCACCUAACCAGACACAUCUUGUCGACUCAUAAUAAAUUAAAACCCUUCAUUUGUGGCAUCUGCUCGAGGCCGUUUUCCAGACGAGACUUGCUUUUGCGCCAUGCAAAGAAUCUCCAUCAGGGCCUGGAGAAAAGUAUCAAUCGGCUCCGGAAGCUGAAGAAACGAGAAAAUAGUAUUGGCAGUACCAGCAGCGGCAGCGGCGAUGAGGAAGACGAACCUUCUCACCACCCAACUCGUAGCCAUGCCACCAGCCCACACGAUGAGGCAUCGAAGAAGAUGUCUGUCAGCAUGCUUAUAACCUGAGACAAGUGGUUGGGUGAUUCCCUUGAACUGGUUGUGCGGGGGUCUAUUUAUUUAACGAGUCCAUGAAACUGCGACUUGAGACUUUGCUCCUCGAGUUUAUUUAUCUAUUUAUGACUGAAUGUAUAAAUGUACAAAUUUGUAUACAAAGUCAAUGAGUGGUGGAUUAUAGUGGGCGAUGGAGCACACUUUUAUUAUAAUAGUGUGCUGAAGGAGCGAAGCUGGUCCAUGCCAAAGGCGGUGGAUGCAGAGGUUUUGGACUUUGAUUAUUUGGCGCUUUUGUUUGCAAAGGCCCGAGGUUUGGGUGUGGAGGAAGGAGCUGAGCGCAACAUGGAAGUGGCAGUGGAGGAAACUGGGGAAGAAACUGGAAGGGAAAUUGGUGAUGUAGGGGAUCGUGAUGUGGACGAUUCUAUGAAAACUGAUGAAAAGCACCCAAACACUCAUGAAAAACCUUCGCAUACGAAAGCACACACAGAGCCAAUUCAUACCACACCUCUUGGCUUGGACUUGGGUUAUCUGUCUUCAGAUGAUGAUUCUGGUGAGGAGAAGGCGGAUGCUGAACCUGAAGAUCUUGGAGCAUCUGACCUGGAGAAUGACGAUCCCCUCACAGAUGACCCCCAGGACCUCAACGACAUCAUCAACGAUGUCCUUGGAUACUCCGGUGAUACCCACUCCGACACCGACUCCGAUACCGACUCCACCCAAGCAUUCGUCUCCCUUCUCAACUCCCUCAAACCUAGCAUCAACAUCUAUAACCCCUACUCAAUCACCGAAGAAGAACUUGCGGAGGAACUUGUCCAACACCCAGUUUUCUAUAAGCUUUCACCGGCCUCCAAAGAAAAAAUUUACAAUGAUUGGGCCACCACUGCCGGCGAAACCCCCAGUACUUACCCAUCCGCCAAACAGGUAUUUAUGAACAAACUAUUCAGCAUCAAGUCUGAAGUCAAAAGCAAGUACUACUUCGAUCUCAAGUCUGAAUUGGCUCCAUUCGACUAUCACGACAAAGAGUCUGCAUUUCUCAUGUACAAGAACAUUCUCCAAACUCAAACCAGUUUCGAAAAGCAAAUGAAAAAGUCGCUGGCUCCGGGGGUCAACCUUAAGAAACUCAAGUUGCUUGAGUUUCUUGACAAACACCAGGUUACCACCCAACACUACCAGUCUCAUGGCUCAGAUGACUACCAAAAGUGGAUCAAUAUGUGCAAUGAUUUGGACCUUCCGGCCGCAAUUGUCGAAAACGAAAUCAACUGGUUAGUUGGUGAUUCCAAGCGACUCGAGUGUUACCUUGAACGCGGUACUUCGCCCUCUGUAUAAUAAUCUGUAUCAUAACUCACACCUUAGCUGCAUAAA